AUGUAUAGAUUGGUGUUACACAAAUCUGUCACAGUGUCGGGUGUUAGACGUGGUCGUCACAUUACCCAAGUGACACCAGACCGGUUCUGGGUCGCUGAUGGUGAUGGCAAUCUCAUACUGACAAACAUGGCGGGUGAUGAACUACGUCAUAUUACAAAUAUAAAUAGAGGUGUCCGUGGAGCACAUACUGUGACUGGGGACUGUUAUUUAAUUUAUAUAGACAGUGACCGAAACGUUAUUAAACUGUCUACAGAUCACAAAGUAAAGAUGAUACCGUACACGUCACCAUGGAUACCAAAAUGUGUCUACAGCUCCCCUUCCACUGGAGACCUGCUGGUGGUGAUGUAUAGAGGUGAUACAGAUACAAGCCAGGUCAACCGUUAUACUAACACAGGAGAACACAUACAGACCAUAGAGCAUGACAACACAGGUCAGGAGCUUUAUAAAUAUCCUAUCUACAUCACAGAGAACCGCAAUGGAGAUGUAAUUGUGUCUGACAUUGGCCGUUAUGCUGUAGUGGUGACAGAUAGUAGAGGGAGACAUCGCUUCUCUUACACAGGUCCUACAUCAGGAUCAGGACUAGAUCCACAUGGAAUCUGUACUGACGCGCUGUCACACAUCCUGGUGUGUGAUUGGUACACCCAGACAGUACAUAUACUGGAUUGUGACGGGCGACUCCUGUCACUGAUAGAGAUAGAACAACACGGGAUAAACAGACCACUGGGUCUGAGUUAUGAUGACAGAACUCACUGUGUCUGGAUGGGAUCAGACGACAACAACACAGUGAACAUUCACAGACUGGAACACUCCCUGACUGAGUUUCUGAAAAAGGAGGAAACCACUGUUUGUCAUGCCCGAGGAAUACUUGUUGGAUGUGGUGAGGCUGGGAAAACAACUCUACUGAAGCGAUUAAGAGAGCAAUGUCAGAAUCGUGGUGAAGUGAAAAAGUCGACUAAGGGACUAACAACACUGCUGAAGCGAUUAAGAGGGAAACGUCAGAAUGUUGAUGAAGUUACAGAGUCCACCAGGGGACUAGAAAUCCAUCAACAUCUCUUCAUUGUUAGAGAUGGAAUUUUAGAAGCUCCACUGAAUCAUGAAUAA